CCAACACAACCACCACCCACAACACAACACCUCCCACGAUGGACUCCGACAGUGACAGCAGCCUGUCAGAGGCGCCAGAAGAGGAGGUCAAGAAGCUCGCGCCCAUUUUCCUCAAAGCGAAAAAGGCGACCAAGUUGGCUGCUCCUCCGCCAAAGGCCUCACCUCCCAGGCCAAAGAGAGAGCCUUCGCCGCCGCAUGAAGAAGUACUAGCAGAUAACCCGGACAUUGCAUUCAUCGUAAUGUUCCGCUCACGCUUCAACGAAGCCUUUCCUGGCAAAUGCCCGCAGUUUGGACCGCAGGAUAUUGAACGAGGAGUGGUCGACAGCAUUCCGAGCCCAGAAAUACAGCACUUGCUUUGUGCAUUGCUAGGCUUGGUGCUGAACAGAAAGAAGCCGGUCGAGCGAACCUCAUACGGACGCGCACUAGAGGAAGCAAUGCUUUCGCACAAGAGCCAGUGGCCGCACAAGUGGGAGGGACACAACCCGCUGCAUGGCGGCAAGGACUUCAAUAACAUGUCGCCCAGCGAGCGACUCAAUCUGCUCCGCACAUUGAUCAUCUGGGCUCUUGGAUCCUCUGAGCUGAUCUCAGGAAUCAUCAAGGAUAAAUACAAGCAACAGCGCCAUAACGACGAUCAGAACCAGCCCCUCUCCGUGCAGCCUUGGGGCAACGACGGGGACAACAGACGCUACUUCCUGGUGCAAGGUCUGGACGACACGAGCUUCAGGAUCUACAGGGAGGGCAGCAGGCAUACUAGGAAUGCACAUUGGUACAGCCAAGCAGGCACGAUAGACGAGGCGAAGGCAUUGGCAGAGAAGCUGGAGAAGAUUGAUGGAACACAAAAGGCUCGCACGCUGGCAGUGAAGAUCAACAAUGCUGUGCCCAUGUUCGAGGCCACGGAAGAGAAGCGAAACCGCCGCAUAUAUCGGCAACAGCGUCGCGCUGCGUUCACGAGACCAGAGCCUGGGUUUGGCAUCUACGAAGGUCGGACACGCGGCAAGCGGAUGCGGUAUACCUAUGACGAAGAUGUCGAAGACGACUCAGACGCUACCUCUACACGUCGAUCGACCCGGCAUCAGUCGGCCAGGAGCACGCCUUUCGAAAGUGGUCCACAGUACACUGCCUCUGGUCGUCAGAUCAACAAACCGCAGCGUGGGGAAUACGGCGAAUCUUUGCUAAGCACGAAUGUCAUGAGUACUGACGAGCUCGGCCCUGAGUAUGAUACCGAAGGGCGGUCUCAGCGUGCCGGAACGGACGACUCUGAUCCUGUCAAACCGAAUGGCAGACCAUCACGGGGAAACCGCAAUGUCAACUAUGCUGUCACGAAUCCAAGAAAGCGAAAGCACAUCGAGGGGUACAACGACAUUGACGAGAUGAGUGAUGAAGACGAUGCCGCAGCAAGCGGCGAAGAAUGGAAUUCGGACCAAAACGAGGACGAAGACAUGGACGACGCUCCAGACGCCCCAGACGCCGAUUCGGAACGUAGUGAGGACGAUGAAGAGGACGAUGGUGACGAUUCGACCAGAAGCCUGGUGGUGAAGCUGAAGCUACCGCACAGCACACUCGGCCGCUCGCGUGAUACGCCACCAACUAGUCCACCUAGGCCUCAGGAGGAUGGGCUAACAUGCGAGCGUCUUGAAGCGCCAGAGGAGAAAGCAGGCAAUGGUGUCGCAGCGGCAUCUAUUGCUACUACGAAUGGCGAUGCCAUCGAAGGAGCUGCGGAGUCCAAGGUCAUCACCACUGCACCGCCAUCGUCUGGUGCCAUCCACACUUUGACGCCAGUCUCGCCCAAGAAGUCUCCGCAAGUCCUCGUCCCGGCAGUGGAACAACCCAGUCUUGCAUCAGCUCCACUGGAGAACGGAGUGCUGAAUCCAGGCGCAGCGGCUGUGAUCAAUGCAGUCAAUGGAGGCGAUGUUCGUGCCGGCCAAACUUUGUAAUGUACGGAGACGUGAUCGAUGGACAGCGAGCAACAUAUUGAGCGGGAAGAAAUGUUUCGAGCGCUGUUGAGUAUAGAUCAACAAUAUGCCGCGCUCAAUGGUAGGACUUGGAUUCUACAUGAGCGAAGCCAUGGCGAAGAGCAUGCUCAGGAACUAGUUGCAUGGCAGUUGAAAGCGUGCAAGAAUAGCGAACGUAAUUUUGAAC